CAAGCUCACGAACAUAUCGUCUGAUGUUGCUGGAAAACUUUUUAUUAUAGUCACUGUUCAAUUGUUUCUAGAGCCAUACGAUCUACGGAGCCUAGAAACCUGGGCCCGGAAGCAUCAACAUCACAAAGAUAAGAUCAAACCAUCAUCAUGCGUGCUCACGAUGCUAUGCAGAGCGACGAGGCCAAUGAUGCUGCUUGGGAGGCUGCCAGAGGAGGUGUUGCAGGUGCAGUCAAGUGGGGAAUAGGUGCCGCAGUGUUGGGUGCUGCCGGAUAUAUCUGGUCGCCGUUGUAUCGAUCCAUGACGAUUCAAUUCAAAGUGUAUUUACAAAUGUGUGGCAUGGUACCUGGAGCUAUGAUCGAGGCAGACUCACGGCUCAGAGCAUACGAGCACCGAGUGAGAAUGCAGCGGCGGUUGAUGGGAGACAGGGCUAAAUGGGAACGAUAUGAGGAAGAAUUCAUCAAAGGUGAUGGCAAGUGAUCGCCUCUGGCGCGGAAACAGAGUCCCUAUGAUCUCAAUCUCUCACUGAAAGGUCUUGACUGUAACUGCUUGGGGUAUAACGGCGUACAUUUGUCACAUUAGAGAUGACCA